UUUUAUCCUACCUACCUAGUCGUAUGUUAUUAGGCUGUUCACUAUGUGACAUAAUUCCAGAUCAACAGCAGUAUGAGACUAAAUGUCCUGAUAUGGACUGUGCGGUAAUUUGCGAGGUUCACUGA